GCUGAUCCUGGUGGUAAUUAACUUUUAUCUCUUUUUUUUUUUCUGUCUCAGUGAGUUCAACAUAUGCUCCAUCUGUUAGCUCUACUGCUGCCCCUGAUGCCACCACUGCAGCUCAUACCACCCCUGCAGCUCAUACCACCCUGCAGCUCAUGCCACCCCUGCAGCUCAUGCCACCCCUGCAGCUCAUACAACCCCUGCAGCUCAUGCCACCCCUGUAGCUCCCGCCACCAUGACCAAUGCUGUUCAAAGCACCACUCGAGCUGGCUUCUUCAGCUCGAUUUGGAAAAUAGUGGGUUGAAAUAUUACUAAGAUGGAAUUAGCCCAAGGCAUCUGCAUUUGAUCUUGCAGGGCUCGGCACAAGGUCCAUCCAUUUGAUUUAAUCUAGCUACUUAUCAAGUCUACCAUCUUUAUCUUAUCCUUAAUCAGUUUAU